GUCCUGCAACGCCAACGAACAUGCUUCCGCUCUCGUUGCUUAAGACUGCCCAGGGCCAGCCUAUGCUGGUGGAGCUGAAGAACGGCGACACCUACAACGGGCGACUCGACAACUGCGACAGCUGGAUGAACAUCAAGCUGAAGGACGUUAUUUUCACCUCAAGGGACGCGGACAAGUUCGUGAAGAUGGUGGAGGUGUACGUGCGCGGCAACAGCAUCAAGUACGUCACGAUUCCAGAGGAGGUGUUGGACAUGGUGCAAGAAGAAGACCUCUCCAAAGAGAAGCGCGCCAUGGGCGGGAGAGGUCGCGGUCGCGGGCGAGGCGGACGGGACGGAGGCAGGGGCGGCGGCAGGGGGCGGGGCGACGGGAGAGGUCGUGGCCGCGGGCGAGGCGGGCGGGACGGGGGCAGGGGGGGGGGCGGAAGGGGGCGGGGCGGAGGCAGGGGUGGGGGCAGAGGGAGAGGUGAGGGGAGAGGUGCCGCCGGGCGGGGAGACGGCGGCGGGCGAGGGCGGGGCUGAAGACCCGCUCGUGCGGCGGGCGCGUGCCUCUCAGCGAAGCGGAGCAAUGGCAAUUCGACGACGAUGGCGGCCGGGGAGAACACGGCGGCCCUCGCGGCGGCCAAAACAGGUCUCGGAAAGCUAGGCGUAGUCUCCCCCCGGGGUGGACCGUUAUUGACGAUGAACCGAAGGCGAGGAAAAGCAAGCAGAUACGUAGCGGAGAGACCGGACGGCGCCGACGGCGAAAAACAUGCCCAAGGGGUGACCGAGAGCGAUAAACGACGUUACCCGUGCCCUGUAGAAAAAGGUUCGGCAUCUUCUAUUGCCGCGCUUCCGGCCGAAGAGUCCGUUUUUGUUUACGGAGAUGGCGGACGGAAUUCGCUGAGAACGUGUUGUAGAUAGCCCCAUCGCCGCGUGGCGCCAGGUAGACGCUCGCUGAGUAGGGGAUAGGGGAGGGGGUCGUAGUGGUGGUAUCGCUGUAGUCAGCAGCGUCUCGCGGCGUGCGCAUGGGAUGGCGGCGUCGAUGGCCAAGUGUGGGAGAAGCGGGGGAGGGAGCGAGAGAGCCAGAGGUCGGCUGGACACAAUUUCAACCCUCCCCCCGGCCUACACCGCCUUGUCAUGAAUGUCGUCUUGUUUCAUUACCGCCCACGGUGAACUUGUAGCCAACAGUUGGUCGGGUCUCUUAUACACGGGGCGGGCCGGCUCAAGUUUGACAUCAGUCGCCCAAUGUUUGGUUGCGUUGGCGAUGAUGUAGGAUAGGAAUUUGCGCGAUGUUGAAGUGAACAGGAAGGGCUUGGCACACCCGCAGCUCAUGUGCACGACCCACUACACCGUGGCGGUUACCACGAACCCAGGUGCCUGGCGGCUUGGAUAGCGGCGCCGGUACGGGAAGGCGGUUUGUUCAUGCUUGCCCUAGAUGUCAUGGCCGUCGAGGCCGUCAGGUCUGUCUGUGCUUCGUGAUGUUUCUGUGGGACCAGACAACGGCGGUUCGGUUGUGGAUGGGUCUUGGAUUGGUGUUGCGUCGACUCAGUCGUACGUCUUGAACGGUUGUGCAGUAGGAGUGAACUCCCGAUGGCUUGGUUUUAGGAACGGUACGACUCCCGAGGUUGCUAUGUAAUGCUGGGUUAUGUGCGCGCUCAUCGCCGAUGCUUUGUAGCCCCCCUCUCGUCUUGCACUCACGUGUUUUUGUGAAAUGUAAAAGUUGUUUGCGUCGAUUGAUCGGUGCUUGGUGGCACCCAGCUUUGCUGUAUAAGGGAACCUCAAGGGUUGUCGUGGAAUGAGAACCCACCGCUUCGUUAAUGCUAAAUUCCGCACACGCACGCCACGGCG